AUGAAAUUCGACGAGGAUAACGGCGGUGACACGUCAUUGACCACGUUGCCUGUGACAAUAUACAUCGGAUUAAUUGCUAUUUUAGGAAUAAUAGGAAAUAUUGUUGUCCUGGUAGUUUACAACCGGAAGUACCCAAAAUGCAAUUUUAAAUAUUUUGUGUUAGUGCUUGCUGGACUAGAUCUCACAAGCUGUACGAUAUUGAUGCCGAUGGAGAUUUACACUCUUAUUAACUGGUUCCAGUUCACUUAUCCCUGGUUGUGCAAGAUCAAAUCGUUUUUAAACGUCUUUACGGUGACGUCAUCUGCCGCGACGUUGCUGCUGAUUGCGAUAGACAGAUUUCGUAAAGUUUGUAAACCACACAGUAAACAGAUUCAGCCGGAGUUAGCAAUCAAAUUAUCAAUAUUAGUACUAUUUCUGUCAGUUAUACCGGCCACGAGUGACGCUAUAUUUUGGGGCAUCCACACACACGAAGAAGCUAAUAUUACUGCACAUAUGUGCGAAAAGGAUAACGAUUUUAAACAUACUAUUUGGCCUCAACUUCAUGUUGCAAUUUUAUAUGCAGGUGUAAAUAGCAUAGUAAUGAUGUCAACGUUUGUAUUGUACGUUCUUAUAGCUGUAAAAUUGUUCUGUAUUCCUUCCGGUCCAGCUGUCACUACGCCUAAAAUAACUUUACAAUCUGAUCACUCAAGUGGUGUCGAGCCAUCUGACACAGAAAAUAAUGUUUUCAAGCUUUCAGCAGAUAUCGAAUCAGGUUUAUCUGAAUCCGGAUUAUCUGAAUCUGAAGAUUUUGACUGUGUGCCGACCGUUGAUCAAAGUGACUCAGCAGACGUCAAACUAGAUGAUACAAAAGAUGACGUUAAAGGUAAAAUCAAUGAAGAUAAAAUGGAAAUGGUAACUUUGAGGCCAAAAUCGGUAGAAUUAAAAUGUUCUGUUCCGGGGAAAGCAGUUCGAUUAUCCUUGCAGAGACAUUCAGAUUCAUGUGAUAGGAACUCGUUACAGAUUCCCGACAUUAAGUUUCGAAAAAUUCCAAAAGUCCCUGUAAGUCCGACAACGGAACAGUUUAAAAAACAAGCUGCGUAUCGUCGGCGGCGUUCAACAAUCGGAAGUCUUUCUAAGCACACUGGUACCCGACUUCGACGUAAAACAUUAAUCAUGUUUAUACUGACAGCAGUGUUUAUUGUAACUACAGUAUUGUAUUUUUGCCUCAUCGGCUUGAUGGCCGACCAUGAAAGCCUUUUCGUGAAAAAAUUAACCAUGUCCGAACAAACUGCGUGGUUUUUUUUCCUUAGACUAUAUUUCAUAAACAGUGUAAUUAAUCCUGUAUUAUACGGAUUCUUAGACCCUAGAUUUCGGAGGGCACUAUGGAACAUGGGUAUUCGAAUAACUUUCGCUGCUGGUUCCCUGAAAAGAAAUAUUGGGAUGUCGAUAAGGAGCAGGUCUAGUACGGGAAGAAAUGAAGUUACAGUUGUACAAACUUCACGGGUACCUAGGCCAAUUCUGAAAUCUGGAUCUAGCAUGACGGUCUCUGAAUAG